AUGGAAUUGACCGAAAAUUGCAAUCCUCGGAUAUGGCAAUUGAAACUUAUCAGUACGGGGACGAAUCGUAAGUGGGCGAACAUUUCCCUUGAUGAGGAGCUGGAUGUGCGUCCCUACUCGUUUAAUCUGGCUCGCGAAUGUUUGGGCUCCGCGGUACUCGCCGUGGAUUUCAACAACAAAAAAACUCCCACAGGAGAGCCGCUAGAUUCAGAGCAUAUGGCUCGCGAAUUCAGCAUGCAGUUCGCAGACACUCCGCUUACUGUCGGCCAGCUCAUUUUAUUUCGAUUCAACAAAAAGUUGCUUCUUGUUGAAGUGAAAAAAUUAGCUACUAUGUCUAUGGAUGGAGGUGAUGGGUCAAAUAGCAAAAUUGGCAUGCUCACAGGAAACUCCAUCUUGACAUGGGAGAGGCAACCUGAUUCGAAACUACUUUUGUUGGGCAAAGCGAUCGCAACUGGUGGGUCCUCAGCGGGUGCAUACCAAAGUAUCAUCAGUCCGAACUGGGAUUUCACCCAGAUGGGGAUCGGCGGUCUGGACAAGGAGUUUGCGUCAAUUUUCCGCCGCACUUUUGCCUCACGCAUGUUUCCUCCCGCUAUUGGAAAACAGCUUGGUCUCAAACACGUGCGCGGCAUGUUGCUGUAUGGACCUCCCGGCACAGGGAAGACUCUUAUGGCUAGACAAAUUGGUAAAAUGCUAAAUGCUCGUGAACCUAAGAUUGUGAACGGACCAAGCAUUUUGGACAAGUAUGUGGGCGAAUCAGAAGCCAACAUUCGCAAAUUGUUUGCAGACGCAGAAGAGGAGGAGAAGCGUAUGGGACCUCAUUCCGCUUUACACAUAAUCGUGUUUGAUGAAAUCGAUGCGAUUUGCAAAACCCGAGGAUCCACAGCCGGUGGUGCCGGUGUGCAUGACACGGUUGUGAAUCAGUUGCUAACGAAGAUGGAUGGUGUGGAACAACUGAAUAAUGUGCUUGUGAUCGGAAUGACUAACCGCAGGGACAUGAUUGAUGAGGCUCUGCUCCGUCCUGGCCGUUUUGAAGUGCAAAUGGAAAUCUCGCUGCCAGAUGAAGAAGGACGUCUUCAGAUCCUCGCUAUUCAUACAGCCAAAAUGCGACAGGCUGGUAAAAUUGCUAAGGAUGUCAGCCUCGAGGAAUUGGCUUCCAAAACAAAGAAUUUUAGCGGAGCAGAGAUCGAAGGUCUAUGUCGUGCAGCCGCCUUCACAGCAAUGUACCAACUGAUCAGCCAGCCUGAUCGAAAGGGUUACAAACCCUCAAGUCAAACUCAAUUGGAUCCGGAUGCCCUUGACCGAUUGCUUGUCAAGCGGGCCGAUUUCAUGUAUGCCCUGCAACACGAUGUGAAGCCGGCUUUUGGAACGGCUGACGAGGAGCUCAGUUGUUAUGCUCCCCGCGGAAUCAUGAUGUGGGGCGAAUCUGUCUCCGAGGCCCUCAAAAUGGGUCGACUUGCCGUUAAGGCAGUGGGUGAAGCUGACGUGGAGACAUAUCGUCCCCUCACUCUGCUCCUCGAGGGCCCACCAAAAGCAGGAAAGACGGCACUCGCAGUGGAAAUUGCCAAGCUGUCUGAAUUUCCUUUUAUCAAAAUGGUCACUUCGCACAAAAUGAUUGGUUUCACAGAGAUGGCCAAAUGUGCUGCGAUGAAGAAAAUAUUUGACGAUGGCGCGAAGUCCCCCCUUAGUGUUGUGAUCGUGGACAACAUUGAAGGUCUUAUUGAAUACAAUCCCGUAGGGCCUCGUUUCUCCAACUUCAUCGUGCAAGCCAUUCGAGAUCUUGUAUCACAACCUUUGAAGGCGGGUCGGCGGAUGCUUGUGUUAGCGACAACGAGUUGUCGUGCUGAAUUGGCCGACCAAAACUUGACACAAGCGUUUUCUUGGCACAUUCACGUGAGCGCAAUGUCCAAACCAGCUCACAUUAUGGCAGCCCUGGAGGAGGAUGAUCGAUUUGCCGUGGCUGAUCGGCAACGAAUCGAGCGAUCUAUCAACAAUAAGCACUUCUGCAUUGGUAUCAAGCAUUUGAUUGAAUUGGUCGACCUAGUCACCAAGACUGAAUCCGAAUUUCGUGUUCCCACUUUCUUGGCCAAGCUAGAGGAAGAAGGGACCAUCAAUUGAUGCUCCAUCGAUUUUUUGGAUUCACUAUGCUUCACAUAUUUAUCCUUUUGGCUCUUGGAGCAUGACUCACUAUAUUCCGGUGGAGCAUGAUUGCUCUCCCUAUUUGACUUAUUUAUUCGUGUUGUUAUUUUUCUCUUCUUCUUGCGCUGUCCUUGUUGUUGAAAUCCACCGCAGGCUCCGAACUCUUGCAGUGUUUUGCUUGCUAUUUUUAUUGUCUUUUUCUCUCAGAGCAUUCCUUCUCUGUCCGUGACGUACCUGUUUGUCGUCGUGAGAAGCAUUCCUAUCAUCUGAUGGACCAUGUUCUACUUCUCUACAUACGUAAAUUUUUUUCUUUUUGGAACUUUCAGAUACUUUAUCUAGUAGAUUACCCACGGCACUGAGAUUUUGGAAGUGUGCUAUCAUUGAAAUCUCUCAGCAAACAUAUCGGAUGUUGUUUCCGUCAGUUCCAACCUGAACUCAUUCUCUUCUUAUUUCCGUACAUUUACCUAUUUGUGAUCGUUUUCCUUAACCUAUCCAAAUAUCACGUCAUAUUUGAACUGAUAUUCCGUUGACUCAACUUAUUGACAGAUUCAGUUUGGUUCACUCGCUUCCUGCGCCACAUCGACUUUGUGUGCGCACGAGCCCUGACUAUCACAUCUGUUAUACCAGAAAUAUAAAUGAAUCAGUCACCA